AUGCUCCGCGUCCUGCGCCGCAAACGCCGCCCCACCUCCCUCCUCGACCUGCCACCAGACGUGCUCCAACACAUCCUCCUCUUCCUCCCCCCCGACGACAUCCACGCGCUCGCCUGGGUCUCCCGCGCCCUCCUGCGCGAAACAGAAGAGCACUUCCGCCACGCGAUCGCGUCCGAUUUCCAAGCUUACGCACACCUCUCCCCCUCCUCCUGGGGCGCCCUACACCGCGGCCUGCCGCCCGCGAUCCUCUCCUUCGUGCCGCCGUGGUUUGGCCCCCAAAUCCCCUCUCCACGCCUGCACAACCCCCCCACGCCGCCGCUCGCGCGCCUCGCCGGCGCCGGCACGCUCGCACUCGACAUCCACGGGCGCGCAUACCACCUCUCAGAUGCGUCCGCCAAACCCAUCGCGCGGGACGUAUCCCAGAUCGCGGCGGCGCACCGCACCCGCCUCUUCCUCGCGGAAGGGCGGGUGUGGGUCGACGCCCCGGGCUGCCGCCCGCGCGCGCUCUCCCCGCGCGGCGCAACCCACCUCGCGGCGGGGAUGGACGCCGCCGCCGCCAUAGUCGACGGCAACGUCGUCUUCUGGCCGCGCCUCGGCGCGCCCCUCCGCCUCCCCCUGCCCAAGCCCGCCGAGGCGGCGGUAUGCGUGGCGUGCACGCCCACCUUCGUAGCCGCCACCACGGCGACCGGCGAUGUAUGGGUCUACCGCGACGCGUGGGCGCGCACACCCCUCAGCUCGCCGCACAACGAGCCGGCGAGCCUCGUCGCCGGCCUCCGGUGGACCGGCGCGUCGUGGAACGCGACGGAAGCGUGCCACGGGUACGUGGGGGUCAUAUGCGCCGGCGCACCCGUGUUCGCCGAGGUCGACGACGGCGUCAGAGUGCUUCCGUUCGCGCCGACCCCGACACCGCUGCCGCUCACGCUCGCCAUCGCCGUGCCGCAGACGCCGCUGCAUUGGUCCCCGCUCGCGGUGUUGCGGACGCCCAACGGCGUGUUCCGCUGCGAAUUGCGCGACGGAGCCGUGCAUGUCUCGCCCCUCCUCCUCUUCGCUGGCAGGCACAGCAUGCACGUCCUCUCGCUGUGUGUCGGCACUGCGCUGGUGCUCGUCGAGGCGCCGCUCCCCCAGCACCUGUUAGCGCGCGUGCGGCCGUCCCGGCGCCGGUCGCUCAGAUAA